AUGCAAGCCUUGGGGAAGACGCUCCGCUCGCUCGGGCAAUCGUUGGACAAGGUCGGCGUGGCCCUCGAGGGCCGCCUCACCUACACGGAGCGCCUGGUUCCGUCGACGCGCCUUGUGGCCAACGCCGGCAACAAGCCCGUGCUCGCCGAAGGCGCCUUCGUCGCCCCGAACGCGUCGGUCGUCGGCGAAGUCUCCAUCGGCAAGGGCUCGUCCGUCUGGUACGGCGCGACGGUCCGCGGUGAUGUGAACCACAUCACGAUCGGCGACAACUCGAACAUCAGCAACCAGUGCAUCAUUGGCACGAGCGCGCAGGUCCUCGACGGUGCCGAGGUCGGCGAGAACUCGAUCAUCACGGCCGGGUCCAUCGUUACCAUGGGCAAGAAGGUCCCUGCUGGCCAGCUGUGGUCGGGCAUCCCCGCUCGCCCCGUCCGCGACUUGACGUCGGAUGAAAUUGAGUUCAUCAAGCAGUGCUCGUUGGACUAUGUCCAGCUGUCGGAAGUCCAUGCCGGCGAGAACGCCAAGACGUUUGCCCAGAUCGAACUCGAGAAGGAGAACCGCAAGAUCAUGGACACGGUCGGCGAGCUGGGCUUCCAGCAGAAGGUCGAAGAACGGCCUGACACGGGCUUGUUCUUUAAGUAUUAA